AUGACGACUCAAGUGGAACUGAAUGCAUUUGAAGCAGACAUUCCUUCAGAGUUGAAGGAGUUUCCACCACGAUCUACCCUCGCUACUCUGGACAGGAAUCUAGAUCAGCUCUUGACCGAAGUCAAGCUGCUGAAUGAAUCUCGACAAAAGGAUUUUGCGAAUACAGAAGGUCGAAGAGAUCGGCUGGGGAUUUCACCAACUGCUGGAAACUUUGAACAGUUUCGACAAUUACGACAAGAACGAUUAGACAGUAUACAAAAGAUUGAACAACCGCUACGGAUCAAGUCGUCAAGUAGAACUAUUUCCAAAGAACUCGAAAGAUAUUGGAAGGUAGAACAUGAACUGAGCCCUUCUAAGAUCCUCGACGUGCUCGAAAGCUUUUACAAGAACAAGGCUGCUCACGUUUUGGAGGAGAACAGUCUUCUCGUUUCUCGUUGGGCCCGAUUUUGUCGGAAUGCUCACGACAUCAACAAGUUCCAUAAUAUCUUCUCUCGGUAUCAAGCAUAUUUACAAAACGAAUAUACGGACUCUCUUGAUCGUUACGAUCGAAUCUCAAAGCUAACGGACGCCAAGGCAAAGGCCAAUUCCAAAGAUGAGCGUCCCAACAAUAUUGAGCAAAUGAUUGCCGACCGUAAAAACAAGACUCAAAAGGAAUCCAAAGCUGCUGACGACGGCAACGCCAAAAUACCUGCAGAAUCUGAUACACUGCCGAAACGAACUAGAACAGAUCCGUAUGCGCUUUCAAACGAUUCUGGAGUUGAAGUAUCGGAUUUGGUGGUAUAUUUGCGUUGGAUUAUUACGCAAUGGAGUGGAAGUAAAGAUCUUGAGAAGUUCGUCAGGAGGAUGAAGGUGGCUGUUCACUCGGAGCGUGUACCAAUCUUCCAGUUUUAUCAGAUAAUACUGGAGAGUGAGCCAGGCGAGCUCUUAGAAGAUUGUCCUGAAAGUUUAGAAGGCGUCAACUGUUACGUCCAACAACUACCGCUAAAAAAUUCGAAAAUCGAAGACUUCAUAACCGAGUUUGAUUCACACAUUUCCCACUUCAAAAUCGAAACAUCCAUUUCCCAAGAAGAUGGACGACCACUAUAUUACGAAGUCGAGUCUCGAUUUCAUGCUCGUUUCCAGGAACAGGUGCAUGAUAUGGUCUUGCCUCCGUAUGAUGGUGAUGGUGUUCUUCUCUCGGAGGACGGCAAAGUCCGUCGAGACUCGGCCAAACCAAUCAUAGACACGUCUAACCACACAAGACAAAGCCGUCCUACUAGUGGCGCUACUCUGCCAAAUGCCACUCGAUUACGACAGAUGGAUUGGAGUGACUAUGUAACUGUUCAUCCUAAAUAUGAUGAAUGGUUGGAAGAUCAAAUGUCGUUUCUGAAAACUCACAAGGAAAUCGACUACGAGCUGAGAUACACAUAUGAGCUCGUUGCAAGUCAGGAUAUAGACUUUGCUGCACCCCAUCUCCGAGAUUCUGCCAAGAAGCUAUUUGAAUUAGCGGCAGCAGCAAAUCCAAAUGCAAUUCAUUCCAGACCCAACAAGGGAUCUUCUGGAGGCCCCAUGUUUAUGCGUCAAGGGCAAACUCACAAUGCGGAAUCAGACGAACCUCGAUUAUCAAAACCCUUUGAUUUGGGAAUUUUGAUUCCUGAUGCUCGUGCUGAAAAGACAAAUGAUUUAUGGGUGCUUGAUGAAAAGAAGAAGCAGUUCGGUGUGUUGCUUGCACGUAACGAUGAGAUCAGGCAAAUCGAACAAGAAAUGUCAGGAUUACAUGGAGCCAAAGUUACUAGUAGAGCUAUUGAUCCCACAAUUGCUACAAUCUUUGCUGAACAUGAAAUUCAUGCCUUUGUACUGCUUCGGUACUUGAAGUUGCGAGAAGUGAGAUCCACUCUUUUGAGGCAAAUGAAUUUCUUCAGAUCUGUGGAGAAGCGUGUUUCUGUCGAUUCAUUUCGAACAAAACACCGUAAUCGAUUCGACCCGAAUGAAGGUAGUCAGGCACCUCUGGACGCUACUAUUUUGAUGCAAGCAGCUAGUACUGGAAGAAUGUGGCGACAACAGGAAUUGUUUGAUCUGCCUGAUCAACAUCAUCCACACGCUGAUACUUCAAAUACGUAUUCUCAUCAUACGCCAUCAGAAGAUUUACGAACUUUUGUUAAUGGACGAAUCCAUACCCGUGAUUAUAAUGGUGUUCCAUUUAUUUAUGACUCUGCUGUCGCAGAUCUAGAGAAAUUAGAACACGAGUUGAUCAAAAUUGGAACAUUGUGUAUAAACGGCGGUGUUGGGGGUCAUGAAGCUGUGGACUCGACUUACAUGGAUGAGAUGCGAUCAAGGGCAUCAGAAAGGCGGUCUGAUGUGAAUGAUGAAACAUUCCUUAAUCCUGGUUGUGAUCGGGCCCAAGUUUUGCUGGAAUUGUAUGAGCAUGAAGUUAAAUUUCAGAAUGCAAAGAUUGAGUUAACGAACUGUUUACUCGAGGCCAAAUACUUUUCUCGUGAUUACAGUCUCCAUACUAAAGCCUUGGACCUUCAAGCAAGUUUAAUUUCGCAAAUGGUUGCUCAUGGUAUCCAUUCACAUCGGUCCUGGGUGAUUCGUCACUUUACAAAGAUUGACAAGUCGUUCAUGACCGACGAUCCCGAUUUUAAUUUUGUGCCGAAUGCCACUUCGAUGAAUUUGAACAAGUAUAUUGAUUCUCCGUUCUCGUCGGGUCUGCCACACAAACCAGCACCUGAGAGACAACGAGUCACCAUGCAUCACGGAGCAUUAUCUGUUUACAUGACAGAAGUAGUUCCAAUGCUAGAAAAGAUCGUCGACGUAUUGGAUCAAGCUAAAUUAUGUUCUGUUGAGACGAGGCGAGCAAUUAAGAGUCAUGCUGGAGAGGCGUUGGUGCCAGUGCAUGUCGUUGAUUGUGCAAAUUGGGCUGUUUUCAUGGCUCUUUGGGAGGAACAGGUAGAAGCUGAAAUACCACUCCCUGGCAAACCUGGUGUUGGCUUAGACUCUGAAGUCUGGACUGAGAAUCCACUACUUGGUGAUAUUGUAAUAACGGAAAUGUACAAUCCGUAUCAUUAUACAUCUAGUGACAAUGCACGAGCACUUGGAAUCAAUUUGGGGCCGAUGAGUGCAUUCUCUGAUCCAGCAUACCAAGAAACUGCUCGAAGUUAUGCUCAUCUUCUGACGAGAUUGUUGCUUAUUAAGAAUCGGCUGAACUUGUCUUGGACUGAAACAGAGUACUGGCGUCGUGCCCUUGAUUUGCAAUAUGUUCAAAUGGGAGUGAAUAGAAGAGCUUAUGGUGCUCGACUAGCUCCUUUACCUCUUGAUGGCAAUCCGUUACCACCUGAUGUGAUUUCAACAGAAGAGGACGAGAUUGAAGACUAUCAGGAGGAAUCCUUCUACGAGUCUUACACUGACUUGGUCUCUGCCUCUUCCGAUCUACAAAACUUUGGACUGGCUAUGGCAGAGAUUGAUCGCCUUUUUGAUGACUUCAAUUUUUCGACUUUUGAAGCACUUCAGUUCAAUUUGAGGUGGCAAGUUGUUCGGGCAAUGACGCAUUCUUUACGAGUCCAAAUGUUGGAGAAGAAUUACUUGAUGGGAGCAGUCGAACUCCAUAGUCUUUUACUAGCAGAGAUUCACAAGAAUGCUUUAACCUCCUCUUUCGAACCUGGAUUGCUGGAUUCUAGUCAGAGACUCGAUGUCGAAGUAGACUACCGUCUGCUAGCCACUAGUAUCGUUCCAAAGAAGCGAAAACUGAGAAGGGCGAUGCUUUUAGCGUACACUGAGAGACUGGAACUGUAUGGCGGUGACGAGAAGGACGAGGACGCCAAAAAAAUGUUCGUCGAUCAAAUGAAGGAUGAGCUGAUACAUUGGUACUGCAAUAAUCUUGCAGAAGUGGUAGUUGAGUGGAGCGAACGUUCAGAGUUCGCCAAACUCAUGCUCGAAGUCAAGAGAAUAUCCGUUGAGAAGACCUACGGCAAGCUUCUCUUCCGAUCAUCAAAGAUUCUCAACCAUUUAGACUAUUUUGCGACUCUGGAAAAGGGUACCACUGAAGAUAAUGACAACAAUCUUGGUGUUUCAAUUCAAGAUGUUGUUGCAGAGAAUGGGACGGAGAAGAUUGCGAAGUUGUGGUAUAUUCCUCACAUUACUGAGAUAAUUCUGGGCCUGGUUCCAACUGAUAAAGGUGGACGUGCCGCCGACGUCUCUCGAAGAGCGUUUCGAAACAGUCUGUUGUAUCGAAGGUCUCUCAUCAUGUACACCUUGGUGUUGGAGAUUUUAACCAUGUUCUCUCGUGUUGCCGUACUGCUUCAAGAGAAUCGCAAGUUUGUUUCUUCAGUGAAAACCAUCCGUGAAGCUGAUUACGUAGUGCAAGCCAUGAAUUCUAUCAAAAAGGAUUUGUCGUAUCAAGGACAACAAGCAGACUAUGAGCGUGUGGAGCGGUAUCUGCUUCUUAGAUGGGGCUUGUUGCGUUUAAGGCUCAAGCUUUCACUUACUAUGUCACUGUAUGCGUUGAAAAUGAAUUUAAUGAAACCUUCUUACGGAAUAGUUGAGAGCGCGUGGUAUCAGAGUGGUGAAAAGAUUGCUGGAAAGCCUCGCAAGGACAUAUACCAACGAUUGAGUCGUUUCGCGAAUUCACAAUGUAGUGUAGUUUCAACUCCACUGGCUGGAAAGUACUGGUUGUCCUAUUUAGAUGAUCAGGCAAAACGAGUCUGCGAUGCAAAGAUUGUCGAGAUUGAAGAAUGUUUGGAAGAACAUACUCAGAGCACCACUCUGACAUUCGGAGAGAAUGCCGACGAGCUCAUCAAAGUUCAAGGAGACUAUCUGGUAUCAACUCUCAAGCUGUACGCCUUUCGUAAUGAAUACUUGCGUAUGAUAUUAGACGGUCGUGAACUCGAGACGGAGAUACAGCUUCAAGAAUUCUUCCGCUUGUACAAGAUUCGAAUUCUAGUAGAUUCUGUCCGCCUGUAUCAUCGACAAGGAUCUCGUGGAGGUGGAAGCACCAGUUCACUGCUUCGGACAAGUAUCAUCAGCAGUGCUCAGGAAGGCGGCUAUAAUCGACUGGUUCAAUCCAAUUUUGAAAAAUGCCAAAGUGUGGUUUUGCAAGCAGAACUCUUGCGAGAGUAUACUGUCAACCUCCAUAAACAUGGCAAAUCUAUACACACCUUGCUCUCUGAUGAGCGCACAGGCAGGCUCUUCCGACACUACACUGUCUCGGAUUCGAUACCCGACAAUAAUGUCCCUCAUAUGGCCAUGCGAUUCACCGAAGAAUCGUAUGCUGCAAAACAGGUCAUGUUGACACAAUUGGUGGCUGAUCUAUACAAGGCCUCAGUAGAGGGUGCCAAAGACACAAAGAAUGAUAAUUCCAACUUCACGUGCACCAAGGCUGCCCUUAGUCACAGCAUUCUCAAGUUUUCCACACACUUGGGUCGCUGGCAGGAGAAACGACGUGGAGAGCAUGAAAACUUUCUUGGUACUCUCUAUGGUCGAUUGCUGGAAAUGAUUCGCAACGCUGAAAAGGUCAUUGAAAAUCAGCAACAGGAGAAGCAGGAGAUUCUAGAUGAAUUCGCGAAGGGUGUCAAGCUUGCUGCCGCGGAUUUGUUUGCUGCACAUCUGGCAACACAUUCAGCAACGACCGUCGAAUUGAAUGAUCUUCGUAAAGCCCGUCGUCUAGAUGAAAGGAAACUCCGUAAUCGAAUAGUUGACGAGUAUGAUGAUCUUAUGUCUGAGCUCGUCAUGGAAAUCAACCUAUUACGGCAACGCUUUGCAGAAUAUCGUGUAGGCACAGUGCAAGAAGUUAUGGACAUUAUGUCUGAAACUAAAAAGGAAGAGUUGGGUGCUUUGGUGACAUCCAAAACUGAUUUGCCAAUGUCCAUGAGGAAGAGUGCUGAUAUAGCCAUCCAGCACGAAGAAGCAUUGUCUGAGCUUCGUGAAGAUAAUCACGAGCUCAAGAUGACGAUUCUCAAGUUUCGAUCUAUGAAUACAAUUAAGGAGCAGGCCAUCCGUUCUGCAUACGAGAAAAGAAUUCGAAAGCUGACGGAUGAAAACAAAAAGGCAGAGGAAAAAUUAUGGGAUAGUUUCAGGGAGGCUGAAGCUCGAGAGAAGUCUCUUCGUCGACAGCUAGCCAAGACUCAACGAGGGUUGACUGAUACUGAAACUGUUGUAGCUGAGCUUACUGUAAAGUUGAAGGAGGAGAAGGAGUUGCGGGUCGCUGAAAAGCAACGUGAUAGGCCUGGACCUGAGUCUCGUGCGCCCAAGAAGACAGAGCAUAAAGAGGAUGUUGAACGGCUGCUCAAGGACUUGGCUGAAAAAUCGAAACUGAUUGAGCAACUUGUCUCUGAACGACAAGCCCAUCUACAGGAACCGGAAGACAUAGAUAAUAGCAAGGUCGUAUCAAGGCCUGCAUCUACCCGUUACCCUAGUAGUCAACAACCACGAUCGAAAUCCCCUCGUCGAUCAGUAUACUUCCAAGAUCGUGUUGGUAAAUUAGAAGAAGAGAAUGCAGAUCUACGAAUGCAGCUCUUUAAACUACAGGACUCUUUAUCUCCUCCAGCAGACAGGCCUCUUCAAACUGCCAUAAUAGUAAGCCAGGAAGUUGAUACUGCUGUUGCAGCUGAACCAACGGCAAAUCGUAAAGUGGUAUUCCAGGAAGAUCCCGCAUCACCAUCAGAUCGAGAAUUGUUUUCAGCUGGUGGUGUCCGAUAUCCGUAUUAUGAGCAGCAAAGCAACAGUACAACGUCGCCGCCACGAAGAACAGCUGAACGCGAAAGUGUAUCACGACCGUCAAGAUCACGGCCGUCAACUACUAGAGCUAGCUCCUCUGCUGAUGCUUUGAGUAUAACCAACUCUACCAAACCGACUUCUGCUAAACCUGGAACUGGCGGUGGAAUCAGAUCAUUGGUGAAUACACCACUUAAAAGCCCGAAAAAGUAG